AGCUUGCAUAUGGCUGUUAUUCUAAUAUUUGUGGUCUGCAGCCUGGCGUCUUUCUGACCUUGCCAAAUAAAUGUACCUUUCUUUUCAGGUCAGGUCAUAAUUAUUAAUUUAGUCGAACAUUGGUAAUUUUUUGGUACGCAACGCAGCCCGCAGAACCCAGCCAAAGACUGUCCUGAACUUCGCUAACGUUAAACGCAGCCCCUAACCCUGGAAGUGUUCGAAUAAAACUAAUGUUAUCGGAAGCAGUUUCGCAGCUAAAAAGUGGUUGUCCAGAAAUAUCCACAGCUUCUGGAGAUUGUAUUUACUGCUGUUUAUAAAUUGUGUUGCCUGGGAAUUUAAGGAGACACUAUCCCUUGCGUUUAUACAACUAAGGCGGUGACAUCUGGCUACUGGGCCGACCUCGGUGAAUGUGUUUCAGAACGCAAGCCCUGGAUGUUGGGCUUGCGGGCUCUUCUGGGGAUCGGGUUCCUGGUGACAUCACGAGGCAGAGGGGCCCUCUCUCAGAAAGGGGCGUGCCCAGUUGUCAGUGGGCGUAACCUCCUGAACAAGGAUUGCCCUGGACACCGACUUUCCACCAUGACCCAACCAAUAAAAUACCUUGGGCAGGAGGAGGCCCAGCGCAUCGAUGAGGAGCUGUUCACAGAGUACCGCUUCAGUGUGGACCAGCUGAUGGAGCUGGCAGGACUGAGCUGUGCCACCGCUGUUGCCAAGGCCUAUCCCCUGGACUCCCUGGUCAAGGCCACGCCCUCUGUGCUGGUGAUCUGCGGCCCAGGCAACAACGGAGGCGACGGAUUGGUCUGUGCGCGCCACCUCAAGCUGUUUGGUUAUGAGCCAAGUGUUCUGUACCCCAAGCGGCCCAACAAGCCACUGUUCCACAGCCUGACCACCCAGUGUGAGAAGAUGGACAUCCCCUUCCUGUCCGAGAUGCCGUCUGAGGCCGCAGUGAUCGACGAGGCCUACAACUUGGUGGUGGACGCCAUUUUCGGGUUCAGCUUCCAGGGUGCGGUGCGGGAGCCGUUCGGCGCCAUCCUGGCCACCCUGAAACGGGCCACGGUGCCCAUCGCCAGCGUGGACGUCCCCUCAGGAUGGGAUGUGGAGAAGGGUAGCUCAGGCUCUGAUGGGAUCCAGCCUGACCUGCUGGUCUCCCUGACCGCCCCUAAGAAGGCGGCAGUGCACUUCCGCGGGCGGUACCACUACCUGGGGGGCCGCUUUGUGCCCCCAGCCCUGGAGAAGAAGUACCAGCUCAACCUGCCUCCGUACCCAGGCACCGACUGCGUCUACCAGCUGCCCUAGGGCCUGAACCAGACCUCCAUUACUGGGCCUUACCAGAGCAGAGCUGGCUUCAAAUAGUAUCUGCUUUGGAUUCAAAUACUAAUACUACUACUAAUAAUUUGCUAUUUAGCUGAUGCUUUUAUUCAAAGCAACUUACAGUUGAUUAGACUAAGCAGGGGCCAGUCCCCCCUGCAGCAGUGUGGGGUGAAGGCCAUUGCUCAAUAGCUGUGUGGAUAAUAUUGCGGCCACACCGAGGCUUGAACCUCCAACCUCCUGUGCCACAUACCUUAGAUUUACAUCAGGAUUAUUUAAUUAACACAGAAAAGCAUUUGAAUCCGGAACAAAUACUGUUUUUAACCCAGCUAUGCACCGUGAUUGUUGGAGUGACUGUUGGAGCACCUAUUUAUGAUGUCACAACCACUUGAUCAUGGGGACCCCAUUACACCAGAGAUGGGCGGACCUACCAUACGUUUUCAUUUUCAGUGGCGGACUGCUUUGAGCCAAUCACUGUAUUCUGCUUUAACGAACAGUCUUGUAAUUGGUUGAGAUCAGUGAUUGACAGCUGAUUGUAGCUCCAUUCAUUACGGGUUCAGAACAAGCAUAUUCUUCAGACAGCUUGCUGGGUAAAUGUCUCUCUGAUCCGUGGGGCUUGCAGUGGUUCUACAGUGUGUGGGUUAAUGUCUCUCUGAUCUGUGGGGCUUGCAGUGGUUCUACAGUGCGUGGGUUAAUGUCUCUCUGAUCUGUGGGGCUUGCAGUGGUUCUACAGUGCAUGGGUUAAUGUCUCUCUGAUCUGUGGGGCUUGCAGUGGUUCUACAGUGCAUGGGUUAAUGUCUCUGAUCCGUGGGGCUUGCAAUGGUUCUACAGUGCGUGGGUUAAUGUCUCUCUGAUCUGUGGGGCUUGCAGUGGUUCUACAGUGCAUGGGUUAAUGUCUCUCUGAUCUGUGGGGCUUGCAGUGGUUCUACAGUGCGUGGGUUAAUGUCUCUGAUCGGUGGGGCUUGCAGUGGUUAUGCAGAGCGUGGGUUAAUGUCUCUCUGAUCUGUGGGGCUUGCAGUGGUUAUGCAGAGUGUGGGUUAAUGUCUCUGAUCUGUGGGGCUUGCAGUGGUUCUAUAGUUUGUCUGAAAGGGUGGAGAGAAGCGAUCAGAAGAUGCUAAAAUGAUAAUAAAAAGGUGAUUUAAAAAACUA